GUUUCUGUUUUCUGCCGGAGUCAGACCGUCUGCGGUCUUUCUGUUUCCGUGUCUGAGAGGAGACCAGCGGUGUGAUUUCAGAGACUUGUUCAUCUGUCAAAAUGCAGGAUCCAAAUGAAGACACAGAGUGGAAUGAUAUCCUGAGGAAGAAAGGAAUUCUUCCUCCCAAAGAGGUUCCUAAAGAUGACGAAGAGGAGGAGCUGGCACUUCAACAACAGUCUGUCGUAAAAACAUAUGAGAGCAUGACGCUGGAAGAACUGGAGGAGAAUGAGGAUGAGUUCAGUGAGGAAGAUGAGGCUGCCAUUGAGAUGUACAGACAGAAACGUCUUGCAGAGUGGAAGGCCACUCAGAUGAAGAAUGUUUUUGGGGAGAUGGGUGAAAUCUCUGGUCAGGACUACAUCAAAGAGGUCAACAAGGCUGGAGACGGCAUCUGGGUGGUGCUGCAUCUCUACAAACAGGGCAUCCCUCUCUGUACCCUCAUCAACCAGCAUCUGAGCACACUGGCCAGAAAGUUCCCUCAGACCAAAUUCCUCAAGUCCAUCUCCACCACCUGCAUCCCCAACUACCCCGACCGCAACUUGCCCACGAUCUUCGUCUACUUUGAGGGAGAGAUGAAGGCCCAGUUCAUCGGCCCGCUGGUCUUUGGAGGCAUGAACCUCAAAGUUGAAGAGCUGGAAUGGAGGUUAUCAGAAACUGGUGCAGUGAAAACAGACCUGGAGGAAAACCCCAAGAAACAAAUCGAAGACAAGCUAAUGUCAUCGAUCAGAAGUACACUUCCUACACGGAAGGACAGUGACUCUGAGGACGAGGACUAUUAAUUAGAAACGGCACCAAAACACCUGUUACUCCAAACAGAAAGACCAUGUGGCCGCUACACGGGAAACAAACACUGAGAAGACCUUAAAACAUCUGUAUAGGUACAGAGAGGGGACAGACUCUCCUUUAUCAACAUGUGCAUUUUGUAUUUUAACCAUGUAGGUGGCACUCAGGGCUCUGACUUGCUUAAGGGCACAAGGGCAGGCUGCUGGGCUGGAGAGAAUCAAACCAACCAGCCUCCUGUACUUUUCCGUAGGAAAGUGGGGAAGAACAGCAGAGCACUCACUGUUUUCUAAUUUAAAUUCACCUACAUUGACUUUACAGAAGCAUCAAAGACAAAUUUGAAUGUUUUUUAUUAUGUUUUCUGAGAAUUAUGUCACAAAAUGUACAUGUACAUUUAAUUGUGUUGAAUUAAAUGUGAGUUCGCCUCUUUGCCACAGUGA